ACGACUGACAGAUGGCUCUUCAUCAAGAUUUCUUUUGAUAUUAAUGAUUGAUCCCUUUAUUUACUUCAUAUGGUACAUUAUUAUUGUUUUUACCCGCUAAAAUAUUAUUUUACAACUGAUUUAUUUUUAAUUUUAUAAAUGGAGGUCACUUUAUCUAAUGAAUCAUUUAAAUUUUCAUUUUAAUCGACCAAACUCUGAAGAUUAUGGCGACUUAUUAGAUUGUGUUGGAUUUGAUUGGAAAAUGGUUCACCGAAAAGUUAUAAGCUUUUACUGUUCACAAGGAGUUCGUUACCAAAAAUUAUUGGUUGGAGUUAUAUCAUUUUCAAUUCAAUAAUAAUGGUAGUAAAUUAUGGAAAACAUUCAAUAUUCUUGGCAUGAUUUUCUUGAAACAAUGGGAAAAGUACAUGAGAAAUCAACAAAAUGGUGGCUAAUUCAACAAUUACUCAUUACUAUAUCAUUCAAGUUGCCCCUCAAUUUUGCUCCAUUUGGUGUUAAAUUGUGAUCAGAGGCUGAUUGCAUUUAUGCUUGUUUUUGUUCAAGCUUGGACUUGAUAGCCUUCUUCGUUAUAAACUUGGAUUCAAACAAAAUUCAUCACAAUGCUAUCACUACUUCUGAUUAUCCUUCUCAGUCAAUGUUAUUUAAGCGUUUGUUAUGAAAAAUUAAAUUGCAAUUGUGGGAUCGAAGGUAUUGAUACAAAAGUUGUUAAUGGCAGGGAAGCCAUUCCUAACAAUUAUCGAUGGAUGGCUGCAAUAUCCGAUCUCAAUUUACAAAAUGUCUUUUGUGGUGGAACCUUAAUCAAUAAUCGUUACAUUAUAACAGCUGGUCAUUGUUUUACAGAAAUUCUUGAUAGAUCAACCAUCAGGAUCAUCUUGGGUGCUCAUGAUUUAACAAAAAUGGAAAAUGUUACUGUUUACAAGGCGGAUAAAGUGAUUGUCCAUGAGAAGUAUGAGCCCAAUUCAUCUCACCAAAGAUUUGAUAUUGCCUUAAUUAAAUUGAACAAGAAUGUCACCUUUACCGAUAAGAUUGGACCGAUUUGCCUGCCUCCACGAAAUAUGAGACAAAGCUUUGAUUCCCUAAAGAUAAGUGGUUGGGGCUCACUGGGAGAGGGACUGGAAACAUCGACGCGAUUGAUGGAGGUUGUUGUCAAGGAACGACCUUUAGCCGUUUGCCAGAAACUUCUUGGAUCAGAAAGGGUUACAGUUAAUCAUAUUUGUGCCGGUGAUUCUAAGUAUGAUUCAUGUUCUGGUGACUCUGGUGGACCUUUGAUGACUAAAAUUAGAGGUCGAGUUUACUUAGUUGGAAUUGUUUCUUGGGGAAUUGAAUGUGCCCAUAAAAAUUAUCCUGGAGUUUACACCAGAGUCUCAUCGUACGGAUUGUGGAUCUAUCAGAACUCACAAGAAGCUCUCUAUUGUAACAACAAAAUGCCUUUAAAUGAAACAGCUGGUUAAUUGAUUAUCUUAAACUCUUUGAUCGAGGAAAAAGAAAAUUGAUAAUCUCUGGAAACAACUUUGCCAUAAAUCAAACUGAAGUGAUUUUUCAAAAGCAACUGUACUAAUGUAAAGUUAAAUAAAAAGACGAGCACGGUCUAAUUCAUGGUCUCGAUUAUAUAGUUUGCUGUGUAUCAAUGAUUCAAAUUCAAUUGUGGAAUCAGCUUUAUUUGAUAUAUCCGUGGUCUUUCAGCUUUAGUAGAAUUACAAUCGCGCUUCACGUUCUUUAACAUCAUUCUCUCCAAUUAUACCAAUCACGGAAGUUAUUUACUGUUUGAUUUUAUUUUUGAGUGUGAUUUUUACGUGAUUGAGGUUGUUUCAUCUUUAAAUGCAACAAUCGUUUAAACUUCACAAUUUCAAAUUACGCGUCACUUUCCCUUGGUUACAUGUGUUGUGGUUUUCAAGAACCUUGUGUUUCAAAUUUAGAUUGUUUUUAAGUCUCAAGUUUCUGCUGUUUUUUAUUUUUGAUACUGUUAUGAUUGGGGCCUGAUUAUCGUUGUCCUCCCGUUGCUUUACAAAUGAAAUUUGUUUAAAUGUGAUUUCCUUUGAUGAUUCAGCUUUUCAAUCUGUUAUUUUUAUCAAGAAGUGUGUUAUAUUAUUCACUGGUCAUUUAUCCAUGAAAAGAAAAUCAGUGUAAAGAUUUUAAACCUUAUCAUGUUCAGAUCUAUGUUAAACGGUGUUUAUGAAAUUGUCCAUUUGGUAUGAAUUCAUACAAUCCAUGAUAUCGUUGACUUAAUUUUUCAAAAACUGACAAACUUGUCGUGUUAUCACAUCAAGGAAUCACAGUUAACGGCUUUCUAUCUAUAGAUUGGCGAGAAAACAUCUCAAGCUGUUUUAUAAUCGGUAUUAGAUGUUUAUUGAAACAAUUUAAGACUAUUUAAACAAAUAAACUAAAUUAAAGUUAUAAACAAUGGAGCAAGGAUUAAUGGUUUCUCUAUCUUUAUCGAGAUACGACUUGGAUCACACUCCGUGAUUUAGACCUAAAGAUUGCUAAUUUUAAAUUUUCCCUCUCUAUUGAAUUAGUCAUGUUUUGUUUAAUUGUUUAACGGCCGAUUUCCAUUGAUUAGCAUGGCUAGGAUCAAAGAUAAGUCGAAAAAUGAACUUGCUGAAAGAUGAGAAACGAUUACAUAACAUGGAAGUGUAAUUGGCAACUAAUUUGUUUUCUAUUUAUCAACAAACACCUACUUUUCCCAUGUCAUUUUACUCAUGGAACAUCAACAAUUCAGACAAUAAAACAACGUUUAUCUUUUU